AUGAGCAGCUCUAUCGCCAACAGCGACGCACCAGAAGACUUUACCAUGGUUGAUCACCCCUCCACCCUUCCACUACGGCCGCGCUCAUCACAUGCCCGAGACGAUGGCGUUACAGGAAUUCAUUCCCACGCACUAUCACUACGGUCUCACCCAAGACAUGCCCAACACGAUGCCGUUGCCGAAAUCCAUCCCCUCCGAGACAGUGACGCCUUCAUUGUGUCAGUCCGACCACCACAAGUGCCAGAGCAAGGCCUCGAACGCGCUUCUUGCGAUAUUGUGCUUGUCAUCGAUGUUUCCGGCAGCAUGUCAGCUGCGGCACCCAUCCCGGGUGUCGAGGACGAGAUUGAGAGGGAAGCGUCUGGGCUCAGUGUUCUUGAUCUUGUGAAGCACUCUGCAAGAACGAUCCUGGAGACUCUGGGCGAGGAUGACAGACUGGGGAUCGUCACCUUUUCAGAUGAUGCAAGGGUUGUCCAGCCUCUCACAUUCAUGAAGCCGGCCGAAAAGAAGGCAACAUGGAGGAGCAUCGAGACCCUCCGUCAAGAUGCAUGCACCAACCUCUGGGCAGGCAUCCGCACUGGACUGAACUUGUUCUCGGAGGCGCCACUUGUGGGCAACGUGCAAGGCCUUUACGUUCUGACUGAUGGGAUGCCAAACCAUCUCUGUCCGAAACAGGGCUAUGUCGCGAAGCUCCGUCCCAUGCUAGAGUUGGCGGCCUCUAAAAGACCAGUCAUACCCACGAUUCACACGUUUGGAUUUGGCUACCAGAUCCGCUCGGGACUGCUGCAGUCGAUUGCAGACACAGGUCGGGGAACUUACGCGUUCAUUCCUGAUGCAGGCAUGAUCGGAACGGUAUUCGUGCAUUCGGUUGCCAAUCUGUACGCAACAUUCGGCUUGUCUGCGACGUUGGAAGUCGAGCUGUCAAAGGACGUUGCGGUAGAAACGACUUCAAGUGUGAACCCGAAUGCCGGCAAACGAGGACACCUCCUGGAUUUGGGCAACAUUCAAUACGGCCAAUCUCGAGAGGUGGUGUUCGUGUGCCCGCAAGGUAUACCUGAAGACACUGUCAUCACCGUAACGCUCAACUACAAAGCCGGCAACGGAGCUUGCCACGAUUUUCAGAGCCGCGCAAUGUUUUCCGACAAGACAGUCAAGCCUCAAGUCUGGGUUGAAUACCAUCUGCGCCGAGCUCAAAUCUGUGGACUCCUAUCCUCUCUCUUUCCCGUGGAGCACAGUGGCGAGCAUACGGCCACCAUGGAUAGAUGUUCUCUCGGGGAAGCACAGAAAGCCGUGACCGACAUCGCCACCGCGAUGCAACAAUCUCCUAAUGCAGAUGCAGCUGAGCUGAAAGCGCUCCUCGAUGAGCUCAUCGGCCAGGAACCAGCUGGUCAGAUCUCCAAAGCCCUCAUCUCGAGUUCGGGCCGAGAUUACUGGCAUAAAUGGGGUCGUCAUUAUCUGCCCAGCUUGCUCCACGCACAUGAGCGUCAGAUGUGCAAUACAUUCAAAGAUCCUGGGCCGUUGCUCUACGGCAAAGACAGUCCGCUCUUCAUCAAAUACCGCACUGAGCUCGAUAAUGCUUUUGACAAUCUCCCCGCUCCAAAGCCAUCUCGUCCGCGGAGAGUGGUGAAAACGUACAGCUCAACUGGUGCCGUGACGGGGACUAGGACCUUUGAUCGUGAAGAAACCCCUAUGGCAAGCUACAACUCGCGCAUCGGACCUUGCUUCGAGGGCAACUGUUCUAUUUUGAUGGGGGACGGAAUGUCGAAGGCGCCGAUCAAGAGCCUCAAGGUGGGGAUGAUGGUGUGGACUCCCACAGGGCCACGAGCAGUGGCUGCCGUCUUGAAGACGAGGAUCCACGGCCAGACGCAGGAGCUGUGCCGCGUAGGCGAGUUGCUGGUCACUCCAUGGCAUCCAAUCAAGUACCAAGGACAAUGGCAGUUUCCCAACGACGUCGCCAGAAGCAUCGUGCCAUUCCGGGGCAGCGUCUUCUCUGUGCUGCUGGCUCCGUUCCACCACUCCGACGGCCACGCGGUCCAGAUCGGAGGUCAAAUCUGUGUCACAUUGGGUCAUGGGCUGGUCAAGCGUAGCAAAGACGACAUCCGUGGGCACGCUUUCUUUGGCAAUUACGAGCGAGUGGCAAUGAGCCUGUGGCGGCUUCCUUUGGACAAGAAUGGGCACUUCAGAUGUGGUGGGAUGCUCCGGAAUGCUCAGACGGGUCUGGCCUGUCGGUUUCUGAAGCCAUCCAGGGUUUCUGUGGGCGUCACGAAGACGGUCCGGAUGGGGACCAAGAUGAGAUGCCUUGCCUGA